AUGUGCAUUCUGCUCUAUAUCAUUAAUUUACUGAUGUUAAAUAUUUCAGCAGCUGACUCCCUCUGCCUUCCAGAAGGAGAUGUCUCUCACCAUCAAGCAGAGGCUGGCCAGCACUCAGGAGAUGAAUCUGCCCCAGGUUGUCCAGCUUCCAGACAAGAGCGAGACCUCCAUCACAAGGAUUAUUUCCACCAGCUCCUCUGCAUCAUUGAAAAGUUCAUUGUGCCAAUUUGUGCCAUUGGUGCCCAAGCCAUCCUGGACUUCCCUGGCCAGCUGGACUUCUCGGAGUGUCCGGUCAAGUGCAGCACCCAGAAACGAUGGGAACAGCAGCUGGUAACCAGCUGGGCACCCAGAGUCUUAGGGAUGGUCGUAGCUCCAAGGCCACCGUCCACCAGAGAUUUUGGAGCAGAGAGGACUUUCAUGAGAGGAGGCAGUGCAGGACCUUGCACUAGAAGGGGGCCCAAAAAUCCGUGGAUCAUGAGAAGCUCUAUCCAGGAGUUUUCCCUCCUGCAGGACUUUCUGGGACAUCAUGGUGGAAUUAUUGUCUGUUGA